AUGGCGCCUGCACAUAUUACUCUUGCUACUUCUGUGCCUCCAGCAUGGCCGCCCGCUACCUUCUUAGAUAUCCACAAAACUAAUUUGCAGCCGGAUGAGUCUACGAUACAAACUGUGGACGCACUAGUCCGACAUCGUGCGCGUCAAAGUCCUAACAUCACCAUCGUCUCAUAUCCAAAGUCGGGGACAAAUUUUGUUGACUACUCGAUGCAACAACUAGACGUUUUUGCCUUUAGGGUAGCCCGUCAUUACCAGGCAUUCAUUCCGACAAGGAAAAGCUCAUCAGAAAAGCCUAUAACAGUAGCGCUGCUUGGUCCAAGUAACUUUGAGUACUUAGUCACGAUGCUGGCUCUAGCCAAGCUUGGCCACACAGUGUUGUUCCUCUCGACCAGGAUAUCUCAAGCUGCCAUCGACUCACUGCUAGCGACAACUGGUGCCAGAUAUCUAUUAGCGGACUCUCGACAUGCUUCCACGGCCUCUGAAGCUCAAAAGAGCCUUCCUGACUUGUACAUCAGUCAGAUAGUCACGUCAGACAUCUUCGAGUUUCCCAUUGAAGUCCACGCGGAUACUCGCUUGGAUUAUCAACUCGAUCAUAAUAUCGAAGCUUCAAAUAACAUUUUCAUCAUCCAUUCUAGCGGCUCUACUGGACUGCCAAAGCCCAUCUACCAGCCUCAGAAAAGCACAAUUGCAAACUACGCCAUCAGCAUGAACAUGAAAGCGUUCAUCACCCUACCACUCUACCACAAUCACGGCAUCUGCAAUUUCUUCCGUGCAGUGCAUAGCGGGAAAUCCAUCCACAUCUACAAUGCCGACCUUCCUCUUACACAGCCACACCUCAUAACCAUCUUGAAACAGCAUGACUUUCAGAUUUUUUACGGUGUUCCCUAUGCUCUUAAACUUCUCGCAGAAACAAAUGAGGGUAUCCAUCUUUUGAAGCAACUCAAGGUUGUUAUGUACGGAGGAAGCGCUUGUCCAGAUACCCUGGGCGACUUAUUAGUAGAGAAUGGAGUAAAUCUAGUCGGUCACUAUGGAGCAACAGAAGUGGGUCAGCUGAUGACAUCUUUCCGGUCCCAAGGAGACACAGCAUGGAAUUAUGUUCGCGAAACACCAAAGCUUUCACCUUUUCUUCGAUGGGUCACUCGCGGAACCAAUCUGUAUGAAUGCAUAGUCUUGCCAGGGUGGCCGGCAAAGGUAGCGUCCAAUCUUCCCGAUGGUAGCUACGCCACAAAGGAUCUCUUUGAACCGCAUCCAACUAUUGAGAAAGCUUGGAAAUAUAUUGCUCGCCUCGACGACACUAUUGCAUUGCUGAACGGAGAGAAGUUCAACCCAGUCAUGAUGGAGGGCACCAUUCGAUCGCAUCGAGCUGUCAAAGAGACCAUCAUUUUUGGUUUCAACAGACCUUGCCUAGGCAUCUUACUUGUACCUGCAAUUGAAGGUAUGUCCGAGUCUGAAGUCAUUGAUGAGGUAUGGCCUGUUGUCGAAGCAGCAAAUCAAACGGCAGAAGCAUACGCAAGGAUAUCCAAGGACAUGAUUCGGGUCUUGCCAUACAAUUGCCCAUAUCCCCGUACAGACAAGGGAAGUGUUAUUCGACAAGCAUUUUACAAGGAGUUCGCAACCGAAAUUGAGAAUGCAUACGAUGCUGCGGCAACAAGCCAUGGUGAUCUGAAAAAUCUCACUGGCUUAGAACUGGAGGACCACCUUCGCUCUAUCUUAAUCAAGCACACGCCCUCUGCAAAAGAUAUAGAUCGUAAAGCCGACCUUUUCUCUCUAGGAGUCGACUCUCUCCAAUCCAUCCAGGUGCGAACAGAGAUUCUGAAGACUGUCGAUAUUGGCGGCAACAAACUUGGUCAGAACGUUGUUUUUGACUAUCCGACAAUUGAAUCACUCAGCGCCCACCUUCAACGCCUUCGUACCGGCGAAGGAGAGCAGCGGUCGACAGUAGCUGAGCAAAUGGGAGAUCUUGUAUCCCGAUACAGUUCUUUCGAGCCUGUCCAAAAGGGACGUUUCAUUACGCUUACUGGUGCCACAGGCUCUCUCGGAGCCCAUGUCCUCGUACAAUUAGUUAGGCGUCCUGACGUUGACGCAGUUCACUGCUUAGUACGCGCAAAGACCAACGGCGAUGCUAUGCAACGUGUCCGAAAGUCACUCCUAGACCGAAAAGUCUACCAUGCGCUAUCACUCUCAGCGCGCAGAAAGAUACAUACACUAGCAGCAGAUCUUUCCGAUACUCGCCUCGGCCUAGAUGACGCAGCCUACACUGGAAUUGCUUCGAAUCUCACUGGCGUCAUUCAUUGUGCCUGGAGCGUCAACUUCAACAAGAAUCUUGUUUCUUUUGAAAAAGACUGCAUAGCCGGCGUUCGCCAUCUCAUUGAUCUCUGUCUGGCUACAUCUUCGCCAGCGCCUGCAACUUUUGACUUUUGCUCGUCGGUCAGCACAGUUGCGCGAUGCCCUGAUUUGCACACGCCUGAACAAGUGGCGGAAUAUGAUUGGGCUCAGGGUAUGGGAUAUGCACAGAGCAAGUGUGUUGCAGAGCACAUUUGCAUGGCUACCGCGGAAAAGACAAGUAUCAAGGCUCGAGUGCUACGCGUUGGUCAGAUCGUGGCUGACACAGUGCAUGGAGUAUGGAAUGCUACCGAGGCCAUUCCUCUCAUGAUGCAAUCCGCGCUCACCGUUGGAGCACUUCCCAGGCUACAAGAGUCGCCAAGUUGGACGCCCGUUGACGUGGUUGCGAAAGCAGUAACGGAAAUUUCAUUCAGCGAUGCCGGUUCUGUGGUUGCGAACGUCACAAAUGCAAAGACGUUUUCUUGGACUGAUCAGCUUCUCCCUGCAUUACGCGAGGCCGGCCUUGACUUUGAAGAGGUCGAACCCAAAGAGUGGGUGCGGAGGCUUCGCGCAUCGAAUCAGGAUCCAGUGGCCAACCCAUCCAUCAAAUUGGCUGAUUUCUUCGCGUCAAAAUAUGACAAUGACACUUUCAGUCCUACACGGACAUAUGAAACAGUCGUUGCGCGCUCUUACUCGCCGUCACUAGAUGCUGCUCCUGUGCUCAGCACAGAUUUUGUCAAGACUUUCGUCAAGCAAUUUCAAGCCACAGCAUGGAGGGCGCAAACUUCCGAUGUCACAGAAAAGAAGAAGUUUGUCGUUUUCACUGGACCUUGCGGAAGCGGUAAAUCGACUAUAGCGAAAAACCUUGCUGGCCGCUUCAAGGCUUCGUUCAUCGAGGGUGAUGAUCUGCACACAGCAGACGCCGUCACCGCCAUGGCCGCAGGUACACCACUCGAUGACCAAGUUCGGACACUCUGGCUCGAACGUCUCAAGCAACGGGCUCAUUACAUUAGCACUACUCUAGGCUAUGAUCGCAUCUUCCUUUCUUGCUCUGCUCUGAAGAAGUCUUACCGCGAUCAUCUUCGCAGCCUCUCUAACGACGAUGUUGAUAUCACUUUCGUGGAUCUGCAAGUAGAGGAGGAGGAACUUGUACGUCGGGUCAAGGAGAGAAAGAAUCAUUACAUGAAGCACAGUAUGGUUGAGAAUCAGAUUGCUAUCUGGGAAAGACCGGAUGAUUCAGAGACAGACGUACUUCCGGUCAAUGCUGGGCAGCCUGUCGAAAUGGUCAUUGAAGAAGUGGCAAACCUUUUGGACGCCCUUCAUAAUAUUGAGCGAACAACUUAA